AGAAGAUAAUGCUUCCACUUCCACAUGGCAUAUUGUUGAGGUCCAAGAGUGUAGUAUACAGAGCAGCCAAAAUUCAGAGUUCAACUUCCUCUUCACCAUUCAAAACUCACCCCCAAAGUAACAAACACACUCUGAUAUCAUCAUUUACAAAUUAUUAUCCAAAACAAUGUCGAGCUUCACUCACGCCACCACACUCCUCCAUGCUCACAUUAAAACCAAGCAAAGAAACACUUCCAAAACUACCAACCCUUUACCUCUUAUUAACAACCAAGCACCAUUUUCUGCUGAACACAGCAAUGAUACAACCAGCAGAAGAAAAUUGAUUUCAACAUUUCUUACCACUUCAACAGCAGUGCUAGUAGCAGGAGGAGUUUAUGGCGGUGGUGUACCGCCUCCGGCACUAGCGGAGAAGUGGGGGACACGUUCUUUCUUGAAGGAGCAUUUCUUUGAGCCAGGGCUUUCCCCUGAAGAUGCAGUGGAGAGGAUAAAGCAAACUGCUGAGGGGCUGCAUAGUAUGAGGGACAUGUUGGAGAGCAUGUCUUGGAGGUAUGUCAUGUUCUACAUUCGAUUGAAGCAGUCCUAUCUUGACCAGGAUUUGAAAAAUGCUAUCACUACUCUGCCUGAGAAUCGCAAGAAGGAGUAUGUUAAGACUGCUAAUGACUUGGUGGACAACAUGGCUGAGCUUGAUCGGCAUGUUCGGUCGCCAAAGGUAUAUGAAUCGUACCUAUACUACGAGAGGUUACUGAAAUCAAUAGAUGAACUUGUAGCUAUUUUAGCAUAGCACCGCGAGGAAGAAACUGCAGCAGGGUAUCAGUAUUUGGAAUUUUAUCCUUUGUUGUAUAAAACAUCUUCACAUUUUUUUUUUCCAAUUUUAAAUGUCAAAUUGAUUAUGGAAUGUAUUAGAAUGUGAAACUUGGAGCAUAUGAUGUAUAUAUUUGUCAUUAGAAUGUGAAACUUCAAAGCAUUUCAAAUUGCA